AUGGAUUCCAGCGCCGAAGAACCUCCAAGAUACCAUGUCAGUCAGAUGGAGAGUGACGAGAAAGCACUCUCCGUGUUGAAUCCAAGCCCUGGGGACCCUGGAAAGUGGCAAGCUACAGUAGAGACCGUAACCAAGAGCGUCGUUUCCAUACACUUUUCGCGCCCCCGGCCGUUCGAUACCUAUUCGUCGACGUCCAGUCAGGCCACAGGCUUCGUGGUCGAUGCAGAGAAGGGAUAUAUUUUGACCAACCGGCAUGUUGUGGGCCCAGGUCCUUUCACGGGAUAUUGUGUUUUUGUCAAUCACGAGGAGUGCGACGUCCAUCCUAUCUAUCGUGAUCCUGUUCAUGAUUUUGGUUUUCUACAAUUCGACCCUCGGGCUAUCAAAUACAUGAGGCUCAAAGCACUGCAGUUGAAUCCGGUGUCGGCGCGUGUUGGAGUCGAAAUCAGGAUCAUCGGGAACGACGCUGGCGAGAAACUCAGUAUUCACUCUGGUUUUAUUAGCCGAUUAGACCGCAAUGCGCCGGAUUAUGGAUUCGGUUAUAACGACUUUAAUACACAUUACAUUCAAGCAGCGGCAGCAACUACCGGGGGUAGCUCCGGGAGCCCUGUGAUCGACAACAACGGGCAUGCUAUUGCUCUUCAAGCGGGUGGUCGGACGGAUAAGGCUACCACGGACUUUUUCUUGCCUUUAGAUCGACCUCUUCGAACCCUGGACUGUUUACAACAAGGAAAACCUAUAACCCGAGGAACCAUCCAGACGCAGUGGACAUGGAAGGCAUUCGAUCAUUGCAGAAGACUAGGUCUCACAUCCGAAUGGGAAUCUAUCGUUCGUACAAAAUUUCCCCAUGAAAAUAGUAUACUUGUGGCAGAAACUGUGUUGCCAGAAGGUCCAGCGGAUGGUAAAGUUCAGGUGGGUGAUCUACUGCUGAAGGUUAACGAGCAGCUGUUGACAUCUUUCGUCACCCUUGACGCUAUCCUCGACUCAAGCGUGGGCAGUACGGUAAACCUGCUAUUGCAGCGCGGGGGAGAGGACCAUCAGGUUACCCUAAUGGUGCAAGACCUGACUAAAAUUACCCCAGAUCGAUUUGUGGCUGUUGCUGGAGGGGUCUUUCAUAGUCUUUCCUACCAACACGCGCGACUAUGUUGUAUUCCCUGUAAGGGGCUGUAUGUCUCUGAAGCUAAGGGGUCAUUUGGAGGGAUCUCCAACCUCACUGGAUCGAUCAUCGAUACAGUAGAUCACAAACGUACGCCAGAUUUGGAAGUAUUUAUCGAGGUUAUGAAAGAAAUCCCGGAAAGGUCACGAAUUAUCAUCUCCUACCGCUCUCUGCGCGAUCUUGACACCCAAAGGACAGACAGCAUCCAGGUUGAUCAAGAGUGGGAUCCGGACUUGACACUGGCCAUUCGUAAUGACAAAACGGGCAUUUGGGACUUCAAUCUCAUUGGCAAGUUACCACCAGCCCUCGCACCGGUAGCCAGAUCCGCAAACUUUGUCCAGAUCGACGGCUUGUCUGCCCCUGCCGGAGAUAUCAUCAGGUCAUUCGUCAAAGUCUCAUGCUCAAUGCCAAUCGAUAUUGAUGGGUUCCCUCACAGUCGAAGGAGUGGAUUUGGCCUCGUGAUAGAUCAAGGCUUUGUGAUCGUAUCUAGGGCAAUCGUGCCGCACAGCCUCUGCGGGACUACGAUAAUUGUGGCAGACUCGGUUCAAGUAGAGGGCGAAGUCUACUUUGUCGAUCCGAUUAGGAACUACACCGUGGUCCGAUACGAUCCGAAACUGGUGCAAGCGCCGGUCAAGGCAGCAAAACUAUCGACUGAGAUGAUCAAGCAAGGAAGUGACGCUAUCUUCGUUGGGUUUAAUCAAGACGACCUUACAUUUUCCAAAACCACGGUUUCAGAGCUUGCAAAUCUCUGGAUCCCCAAGAACGUUUCCGGGCCAAGGUAUCGUGCCACGAACGUCCAAGGCAUCUAUGUCAGCACGACUGGGGCAUCCAAUUGUCCAUUUGGAGUCAUUAUCGAUACUGAUGGCGUGGUGCAAUCAUUGUGGCUGAACUACAUGGGAGAUAAGAACAAUGAGUAUAAUUUCGGCCUAGCUACGAGCAUGAUCACCCCCAUGCUUGAUCAGAUUAUGGCUGGGAGCAUUCCUAAGCCCCGAAUUCUCGACAUAGAGACAGUGGCACUUUCAAUGAAUGAAUGCCGAACUGCAAGCGUCUCCGAGGAAUGGAUCACGAAAGUUUCUGAAGUCAGUCCGUUGCGACAUCAACUCUUCAGGGUCUUUAAGGUAGGGGCCAGCACAGAGGAUCGCCCCACUGACGGGCAAUCGCUCAGGGAAGGAGACAUUAUCCUAACUUUGAACGAUCGGAUAAUAACACGACCACACGACCUGGAUAUAGUACACGACAAUAAAUGGCUCGAAGCCCUGGUCGUACGGGAAGGUAAGGAAAAGCUAUUCAGAGUGCUCACCAUACCCGCGGAUGAAGUGGAGACCACACAUACCGUUGCAUUCUGCGGCACCGUUUUACAAAAGCCCCAUCACGCAGUCAGGCAGCAAGUUCGUAAACUCCAUUCCCAGGUUUAUGUCAGCGCUUGCUGGCCAGGUUCUCCCGCAGAGCAAUAUGGGUUACUUCCCACUACGUUCAUAACAGAGGUGAACGGUGUGAAGACGCCUUGUCUAGCAGCGUUUAUGCAAGAGGCUAGCAAGAUCAAAGACAACACGAGCUUCCAGCUGAGGGUAGUCACACUGAAAAGUAUACCACAAGUCGUCACGAUGAAGAAAAACAGUCACUACUUCCCAACGUUCGAGUACGUAAAAGCAGCGGACGGAUGGAAGAAAAUUCAUAUUGAAGAUUGCUGUACGACUUUUCUUAUCCUUAUUGUAGAGACACCGGUUAACGCUCAGGCAACGCUCAGGCAACGCUCAGGCAACGCUCAGGCAACGCUCAGGCAACGCUCAGGCAACGCUCAGGCAACGCUCAAUGAUGCUCAGCCAGAUGCUCAGCCAGAUGCUCAUUUGGAGGCUUAG